AUGCGAUUCUUCUCUCUAUUGGCGUCAGCCAGCUUGACUUUUGUGGCCGCUGCCCACCCCGGUCCCCAUGCUGCACCCCUCGAAGCUGAAAUGGCCCACAAGGCAGAACUUUCCGGUCGUUGUGCCCAGCAUGUCGCUCACUUCAACGAAAAGCGUUGGAGAAGGGACCUAAGCCAUAUUGGAAACACCACUGUCCAGAUCCAAACGCAAGCUCCCUAUCACGAAGUCCUGCAAAACGACACCUGUGUUCUCACCCCUGAGGUCACUGCAGGUCCAUACUACUGGCCACGGUCUCAGAUGCUCCGACAGGAUAUGACAGAAGAUCAGGUUGGAAUGCCCUUGUGGCUGGAUAUUGGGGUUAUGGAUAUGGCAACCUGCAGUCCUUUGGAGGGCGUGAUGGUCGAUCUUUGGCACUGCAAUGCAACGGGAAGCUACUCAAGCUUCACUAAGCUGUCACCCAAUACCAAGUUUCCAAAUCUUCUGGCCGAAGAAGGCAAGAACAUCUCGGAUUUUGUUGUCGGCACCACGGACAUUCAUACCGACUCGGAAACUUGGCUUCGAGGGAUGUGGCCAACCAAUGAGCACGGAAUGAUGCAAAUGAAAACUAUAUUCCCAGGUUUCUACGUUGAGAGAGCUAUCCAUAUCCACGUUCAAGUGCACACCGACUGGACCACCCGCGAAAACGGAACACUAGUCUUCGAGAACACUGUCAGCACCGGACAACUGUACUUUGAUGAAGAGCUGGAAGAAAAGAUAAUGGCAAUGGAGCCUUACUCUUCCCAUACUCAGAUUAACCGCACCCACAAUUCCGUGGACAUGGAGUUUUCCAAAGGUACCAAAAAUGGCUACAACCCGACGGUCUCGGUCUUGCCUCUUGAUGAGAAUGACCUUUCGAAAGGCUUGGUUGGGUAUAUCACAAUCGGGGUGGAUACUUCGGCCAUCGAGGAUGAGCAUUGGUCCGCAUCUUAA